AGAAAAUGGUUUUAAUUUAUGGUUUUGUUCAAUCUCUUAUUCGUCUGUGGUUUUGUUUGACUUUUGACGUCUUGUUCGCUUGCUAUGAUAUCUACAAUUUAUAGAAUCAAAGAAAUAAGAUUUUGCUAGUAUAAAGUUCCUAUCUCUCACUGUUGAACACUGUAACCAUAAAAAUAUUUGUGAAUUGAAUCAGCACCAGUCAAACAAUGGCGUUGUUUAAUAAUUUCUGUUCAAGCAUGGGGUUCAUCUUCAUUGUUGUUACGUGUCUUAUAUUAUCUCGCGAUUACGGUGCAGAAGCUAGUGAUAAUGAAGCAGAAAGUAUCAGUAAAAUCGGGCAAGGAGUAGGUCACAUUAUGAACAUUUAUUAUUGUUACUCAUGUGGCUACAGAAAAGUAUUUGAAGAUUAUGCAGGUAUAAUACAGCAAAAGUAUCCUGAAAUCUCUGUGAUUGGUGCAAAUUAUGACCCACCAGGUUUAAACAUGUAUCUCUCCAGAAUGAUUGGAUUUGGUAAAAUGAUAUUGAUUAUGUGCAUACUGAGUGGAGUCAACAUAUUUGCAUGGUUAAAUAAACCUCAACCAGCGUGGUGGAGUUGGUGUUUGGAAAAUAAACUGUAUGCCUGCAUGAUGAUGUUCUUUUUGGCUAAUAUGAUUGAAGGCCAGCUGGUGUCAUCUGGAGCGUUUGAAAUAUCACUUAAUAACAUACCACUAUGGUCAAAAUUGGAAACAGGAAGGAUCCCACAGCCACCGGAAUUGUUUCAAAUUAUUGAUAAUACAUUGCAAUUUUCAAAAAUAGAUAUGCCAAACAAUUUUGUGCAAUAAUAAGUAAUGUUAAAAUAGUAUUUUGAAAUAUAUGCAAAACUGUUAAUAAAUGUGGGUACCCUGGUUUAUGGAUGCUGGGUUGGUAAACAAAAUCUUAGUUUAUAGUAAUGUGUUGUCACAACCUGCAUUUAAACACAAUAUUUUUUUGUAUUCAACAACACUUUCUGGAAUGUAUAACACUUGUCCUAUGUUUUAUAGUACAAAAACAUUAUUUAUCAUCAUCUCACAGAUACUAUAGAUGUGUGCAAAUACAGUGAACUAUUUUUAAUUUUGUAUAUACUUGAGAUAUAAUUGUGGUUGCUUAUUAUGUAAAUUUAACAGAUAAUGAUAUCUAGUCAGAUGAUGAUUAAUACAGUAACAGUUUCAAGACUAUUUUGUGAGCCCAUUAAACAAAGAUUAGAUUAAUACGUAAAAUAAUCAUUGUUUUAUUUCAAACUAGAUUUUCUUUAAUGGCUUC